CAAAGCCAUUACAGUAAUUUCUAUACGUAUACAAAACCCAGUAGGAAAAAAGGAAGAAAAAUGACAAGAUAAUUAGCUUCAACAGAAAGAUACCCAAGACGCGAAAAGAGAGAGAGAGAGAGAGAGAGAGAGGGAUUGGUGUUUUUUGUUUUGUCUUGGAAGGGCGUGAUUGAGGAGCGAGAAAACGAAAGAAAAUUUCCAUUGGGAGAGAGAGAGAGGGAGAGAUGGGGAGAGGUAGGGUUCAACUGAAGAGGAUAGAGAACAAGAUCAACAGGCAAGUGACUUUCUCCAAGAGAAGAUCUGGUUUGCUCAAGAAAGCUCUUGAGAUUUCUGUUCUCUGUGAUGCCGAGGUUGCUCUUAUCGUCUUCUCUUCCAAAGGAAAGCUCUCCGAGUAUUCCACUGAUUCUUGCAUGGAGAGUAUCCUUGAGCGCUAUGACCGCUACUUAUACUCAGACAAACAACUCGCCGGACGAGACAUUUCUCAGAGUGAAAAUUGGGUUCUAGAACAUGCAAAGCUCAAGGCAAGAGUGGAGGUCCUUGAGAGGAACAAAAAGAACUUUAUGGGAGAAGACCUCGAUUCUUUGAGCUUGAAGGAGCUUCAAAGCUUGGAGCUUCAGCUGGAUAAUGCUAUCAAGAGCAUCAGGUCAAGGAAGAACCAAGUCAUGUUGGAAUCCAUUGCUGAGCUUCAGAAGAAGGACAAGGCAUUGCAAGAGCAAAAUAACUUGCUUCUCAAAAAGAUUAAGGAGAGGGGAAAGGGAAUGGCUCAGCAGGACGAGUCACGAUGCCAAGCCUCCAACUCUUCCUCCUCAAUUCGCCAUACUCAUUACUUAAGCUUCAACAGAAAUGGUUUCCCGGAGAGGGUUGGCGGCAAAAUCCCUCCACAUACACAGCCUUUGAACGACGUCAAUUCCCUUCUCCCCCCUUGGAUGAUACGUCCAAUGAAUGAAUAAGAAUAUAUCAUUAACAUGAAUGCCCAACAGUUUCGGCAAUACACGUCAUUGAUAAUGGUAAUGCCCAAUACCGACC